GAGGAUACGAAUGACGAAGCUAAAAUUGAAGACUUGAUCAGACUUCCGCGUUUGAUGAUGACCAAGGAAAUGAGGUCAGACUUUGGCAUUCUGAAGAUGCCAAACAUCCCCAGUCCAACUCGAGUUCCUCUUUAUUUCCUCUGGAAGCUCGACAACAAGACAAUAAAUCCAAUUCCAUGUCAUGGAUUGCCUCUUUUGCCUUGUGCUGCCACAGCUCUUGCAGAAACUAAGCCUGCAUAUUUCUCCCACCAGUAUCCACCACCACAACCAGUCUAUUUGUCUUCAACCCUUCGAUCAUGGCCGGCAGUAUGCCCGUCUUCCAUCCGCCGAACGACUUGGCGGCGCCCGCCGAACCUGGUUCGCCCAUCAUGGUUGCUCCGUUGCUGCCCAAGUCAUCGCCCCGCAGGAGGAACUUGUCGUGGCGGUCCCGUGAGGGAAGGACUUCGUGGGAGGCGUUCCCCGUCGAGAAUUUGGAGCGGUCGGGAUCGACGCCUGUCGCUUCUUACCCCUCCAGGCGCUCCGACUCCGUGAAGCUCGGCUCGCAGAGGGAGAUCAGCGACGACGAGGCUCGGCUCGUGUACAUCAACGACCCCGAGAGGACCAACCAGCCGCUUAGAUUCGUCGACAACUCGAUCAGGACCGCCAAGUACUCCGUUCUCACCUUCUUGCCCCGCAACCUGUUCGAGCAGUUCCACCGGGUGGCCUACGUCUACUUCCUCGUCCUCGUGGGGCUCAACCAGAUUCCGCAGCUCGGCGUGUUCACCCCGGCGGCCUCCGUGCUGCCGCUCGCCUUCGUGCUCGGCGUCACCGCCGUCAAGGACGCGUACGAGGACUGGCGGCGGCAUCUUUCCGACCGCACCGAGAACAGCCGGACCGCCCAGGUCCUGGUCGCCGGCGGUGAGUUUCGGCCCAAGCGGUGGAAGGACAUCGUCGUCGGGGAGGUCGUCAAGGUCGCUGCCGACGAGACGCUGCCCUGCGACAUGGUCCUGCUCGCGACCAGCGACCCCACCGGCGUGGCCUACGUGCAGACUAUCAACCUGGACGGCGAGUCUAAUCUCAAGAGCCGGUACGCGAAGCAGGAGACGCAGUCGACGUCGCCGGAGGCGAUGUCCGGCCUUAUCCGCUGCGAGAAGCCCAACCGCAACAUCUACGGGUUCCUCGGCGGUGUCGAUGUGCCCGGCAGCAAACGGGUCUCGCUCGGCCCGGCCAACAUAAUCCUCCGGGGCUGCGAGCUGAAGAACACCAGCUGGGUCGUCGGUGUCGCGGUGUAUACCGGGCAGGAAACCAAGGUGAUGCUGAACAGCUCCGGCACACCGUCUAAGCGGAGUCGCCUCGAGGCGCACAUGAACCGGGAGGUGAUCCUGCUAGCCGUGGCACUCAUCACGCUGUGCUCCAUCGUCACGAUCCUCGCCGGCGUGUGGCUCACCAACCACCGCGACGAGCUCGACGACCUGCCGUACUACCGGAAGGAGGACUUCUCGGGCGCGGAGGCGGAUACCUACGACUACCACGGGGUGGGGUUGGAGACGCUGUUCAGCUUCCUCAAGUCGGUGAUCAUAUUCCAGGUGAUGAUUCCGAUAGCGCUGUACAUAUCGAUGGAGCUGGUAAGGCUUGGGCAGGCCUUCUUGAUGAUCCAGGACAAGAACAUGUUCGACGAAGGGAGCAAGACGAGCUUCCAGUGCAGGGCGCUCAACAUAAACGAAGACCUGGGGCAGAUCAAGUACGUGUUCUCGGACAAGACGGGGACUCUCACGGAGAACAAGAUGGAGUUCCUGUGCGCCAGCGUUGGCGGGGUCGACUACAGCGGUGGCGAGGAGGAAGCGCAUUCGAUCUCAGUUGCUGGGGAGACAUUGCGGCCUAAAAUGACCGUGAAGACCGAUCCGGAGCUGAUGAACGUGAUGAUGGGUGGGAAGGGAACAGAAAAGGCGAAACAAGCUCGAGACUUCUUCCUUGCACUGGCGACCUGCAACACCAUCGUGCCAAUAUUGGUCGACACAGCGGAUCCGUCGCUCAAGCUCAUCGACUACCAGGGCGAGUCGCCGGACGAGCAAGCCUUGGUCUACGCCGCUGCAGCUUAUGGUUUCACGCUUCUAGAGCGGACUUCCGGCCAUAUCGUCAUCCAUGUCCUCGGUGAAAGCCAGAGAUAUGAUGUUUUGGGCCUUCAUGAAUUUGAUAGUGACCGGAAGAGGAUGUCUGUUGUAAUCGGCUGUCCUGAUAAAACUGUAAAGCUAUUUGUCAAAGGUGCAGACAAUUCGAUGUUUGGGGUUAUACAAAAGGGAAGAGAUUUGGAUGUUAUUCGUGCAACCCAGACAAAUCUCCUUGCCUAUUCAUCUUUGGGUCUGAGGACAUUGGUUGUUGGUAUGCGUGAAUUAAGUAAAAGUGAAUUCAAGGAGUGGCAGUCUGCCUUUGAGAAUGCAAAUGCAGCUUUGAUUGGCAGGGGGAAAUUUCUACGAGCUCUUGCAUCUAAUGUUGAAAGAAAUCUUCACAUAUUAGGUGCCUCUGGGAUUGAAGAUAAGCUACAACAAGGUGUACCGGAAGCCAUAGAAUCUAUGAGGCAAGCUGGCAUCAAGGUUUGGGUUUUGACAGGGGACAAGCAAGAAACUGCUGUUUCUAUUGGCUUUUCUUGUAAGCUUCUAACGAAUGAUAUGACUCGGAUUGUGAUCAAUAGCAAUUCCAGAGAAUCCUGUAAAAACAGCCUACAAGAUGCGGUUUCUAUGUCCAGCAAACUUGCAGCAGUAUCACCCAGCCCUGAAAAUAUAUUGACAGGCACAGGAUCUUCUAGGGUUCCUCUGGCUUUGAUUAUUGAUGGUACCAGCCUCAUCCACAUUUUGGAGAAAGAAUUGGAAGAUGAGUUGUUUAAAGUGGCCAUAGUAUGUGAUGUUGUAUUGUGCUGCCGUGUGGCUCCAUUGCAAAAGGCUGGAAUAGUUGCUCUCAUAAAGAACCGAACAGAUGAUAUGACCCUUGCAAUUGGAGAUGGUGCAAAUGAUGUCUCAAUGAUCCAAAUGGCUGAUGUUGGCAUUGGCAUAAGCGGACAAGAGGGAAGGCAAGCUGUUAUGGCCUCAGAUUUUGCCAUGGGGCAAUUCCGAUUCUUAGUGCCCCUUUUGUUGGUCCAUGGACAUUGGAAUUACCAGAGGAUGGCCUACAUGAUCUUGUACAACUUCUACAGGAAUGCUGUGCUUGUCUUCAUCCUAUUCUGGUAUGUGCUUUACACUGCUUAUAGCUUGACAGCUGCAAUAAGCGACUGGAACACUCAAUUAUAUUCUUUCAUCUACACUACUCUGCCAACUAUUGUUGUUGGAAUCCUUGACAAGGAUCUUAGCAGGAAGACAUUGCUGAAGUACCCCCAACUCUACAAAGCAGGUCAGAGGGAUGAAAGAUACAACCUGAGGCUGUUUAUGCUUACUAUGAUGGACUCCAUUUGGCAAAGCGUUGCUAUAUUCUACAUUCCUUAUAUUGCAUACAGACACAGUGAUGUCGAUGUCUCUGGCCUAGGAGACUUGUGGAUCAUUGCUGUGGUCCUUCUAGUAAACCUUCACUUGGCUAUGGAUGUGUUUCGAUGGAACUGGAUCACACAUGCAUCUAUAUGGGGCUGCAUUAUCGCAACAGUAAUAUGUGUCAUUAUCUUGGAUUCCAUAUGGAUGCUACCUGGUUACUGGGCCAUCUUUAAUAUGAUGGGGACUGGAUUAUUCUGGGUAUGCCUUCUUGGCAUCAUAGUAUCGGCAUUGGUUCCUCGUUUCACAACCAAGGUUUUGACCGAGUAUGUCAUCCCUAGUGAUGUUCAAAUUGCCAGAGAACAUGAGAAGAUUCAGAAUUUGAGUACAGCCACCACAUCAGAAAUUCUGAUGAACACAUUCUCGCAAUCCUAAUGAUGCUUUACCUAUUGAAAAAUAUCUCUUUUCUUUUAUAUUUUUAUUUUAUUUUCUUUCCUUUUGUAUAUUACUAUAUUCUUUUUACUGAGAAUUCGAUUUUUUUACAGAUUGCUGGAUGGUCAACCAUCCAAAGGGAUAGAUAGGUAAUCCAUCUGUUCUUUUUAUUCUUUCACAAAUACCUUUUGUAUUGCCUUGUACAAGAAGAUAAUGCGACCACACAUCACAAUAAGUUGUUUCUGAUAACAGUUUGUGUAUAAAGCAUGAGCUUUGGUGUAA